AUGUCCCCCAAAGACCCUUUUCAUCUCAAUCUAGGCCAUAAUGUCCGUGCUCAUUCGACGUCGGGGGCACUAGGCAUCUUCCUGCCGACGCACGCUACGCUCGUGCACGCUCAUCCAUCAAUAAAUGACCUCGGCUGGACAUCCCGCGCGCAUAGAAAGAGAAGAUAUCGAAAUCUUCGCUUUGACGGGACGGAUGAACCCGAAACGGCCCUCAAGGCCCUCGCGAGGUUUGGAAAGCUAGAAUGGAGAGAGCUCAGUUGGUGGGUUGCAGUCCUGUUCACGUUUGGAAGUAUCGUUUGGGUGAUUAAUGGCUUUAUUGUCUUCCUCCCGCAAAUCAAUUCGGAAAAGUAUGGACAAAACGAAGUUGGGGGAGGGUGGACGGCGUGGCUAGGGGCCACCAUUUUCGAAUUCGGCGCUGUGACGGCGUUACUCGAAGCCAUGAACCGAGAAGAAGACAUUGCAUUUGGAACCACGUCUUCACAUGAAGACGAACGACCCCUGCAAGAACCGAGUCCUCAUUUGGAGCCGCGCAAGAAGACGAAAAGGUUUAGGCUCAUUCCUUCUGAUCCUAAACUCUGGCUCGAGAUUGGUUUCUGGGCCAAUUUUGUACAAAUAUGGGCUGCGACCAUCUUUUGGAUAUCUGGUUGGACAGGGAUUCCCCAAGUCUUCGAAUCUAUCCAACGGCGACCUCGACUGGAGGAUGGAGUGUAUUGGACGCCUCAAGUCAUCGGUGGCUCCGGAUUCGUAAUCGCAUCCCUCUUAUUCAUGUUAGAAAACCAGAAAAGAUGGUGGCGACCGGCUCCACUCUCACUCGGUUGGCACGUCGGCCUCUGGAAUCUCGUUGGAGCAGUUGGCUUCACCCUGUGUGGCAUCUUUGGAUACUCGCGGUUCAUCCCUGCUGACGGGAGCAGCAACUGGGCCACGUACCAGAGCGCGUGCUCGACCUUUUGGGGAGGUUGGGCUUUCUUGGUUGGGAGUAUUGUGCAAUGGUGGGAAGCCGUCCAACCACCGCGGCCCCAAAAGAACAAACCCACAGAUGUCGAAGCAGGUUCAAACGGUCAGCGCGAACAAGGAAUAGAGGAAAAGUCCCGUUCGUAG